CUGAAAGAGGCCGGCCCUUCCCAGAGUGGGUGGCACCUUUUGGUGGAGGCCUAGACACAAAGUCCGAGGGAGAAGCAGUUGAUUUUUUUUUUUUUUGCCAGCCUGCCUUACCCCCGCACCAGCGAGAGAUGCCAUCCUUCAUUAACACUGGAACUCUGCUUUCUUGGCUGAAGACCAUAGACUGAAGACCAGAGGCUCUCCAGGAAUCCCCGAGGCCUUCUGGGACAGACGGGGACCACUGAGCUACUGGGUUUUCAGCCUGCCUAACGUUCAGAGAGUCACCGCAGAAGGAUAUUCCCUCAAAAUGUGGUUCUACCUGGUUACCCUUGUGGGCCUUUACUACCUUCUGCGAUGGUACCGUGAAAGGCAGGUGGUGAGCAAUCUCCAAGACAAGCAUGUCUUCAUCACGGGCUGUGACUCGGGCUUUGGGAGACUCUGGGGUCUGGUUAACAAUGCAGCCGUUUUCCCACCAAUUUCCUACAUCGAGUGGCUGAAACCCGAGGACUACAUGUCUGUCUUUCAAGUGAACCUCGUUGGUUUGGCCCAGGUGACUCUGAGCAUGCUUUUCCUGGUGAAGAAGGCUCAGGGCAGGAUUGUCAAUGUCUCCAGUGUUUUGGGAAGAGUUGCUUUUUUUGGAGGGUUCUACAGUUGCUCCAAGUAUGGCGUUGAAGCAUUUUCAGAUAUACUAAGGCGUGAGGUUCAAGAUUUUGGGGUGAAGGUCAGUAUAAUUGAACCUGGGAGCUUCAAAACUAGAAUGACAGACCCAGAGUUAACCAUGGAGAGAAGCAAGAAAGCCUGGGAAGCAGCCCCUGAGCACGUCAGGGAAUCCUAUGGACAGCAGUUUUUUGACCACUUUUACAGAGUCACCAAACAAAACUUGAUGAUGAGCAACACCAACCUGAAUGUUGUCACCGACUGCAUGGAGCAUGCGCUGACUUCUACGUAUCCACGCACCAGAUACUCUGCCGGCUGGGAUGCCCAGUUUAUCUUCAUCCCUCUAUCUUAUUUGCCUACGUCACUGGCAGACUACAUAUUGACCAGAUCUAGGCCCAAGCCAGCUCAGGCAGCCUGAAGGAUUCCCAUUCAGUGGCUCUUGGAACGCAGAAAUUAUUUCCAUGUCAGGGUUGUUACUUCAAACCCAAGAUGUCCGUGCAAAUAAGCUUUCUUGUCUAAAUCA